GCAAGGAGCAGAGCAGUCACCAACUAUGUUGUGUAUCACCUUUGUUUAAACUCACCUACUGUGAGGACCAGUUUAAUCAGCAUCGGUGGAAGUAUGUGCAGGGAGUGAACUUUUUUUUUCUUUGUCGUGAUUUCAUCCAGAUCAUGUGGAUUAUAUUGGCGUUUCUUCUGGCAGGGACAGGUCCUGAUGGGAGCUGGGGAUGUCAGCUUCCUCGGGACUGGAGACAGCAGACAGAAGCGUGCCGUGCUGAGCUGGCACAGAUCAUAGUAUUUGCCAAAGUGUUGGCUCUGCACAAGGAGUAUUACAACGUCUAUGACAACUACCUGCCCGUCCAGCCGUCCGACACAGAGCUGCUGUUCUCGGCAGAGAUUGAGCUGCUGUGCGACCAGGCUUGGGGCAGCAUGCUGGAGGUCCCUGCCGGCUCCAGGUUCAAUGUCACCGGCCUGGGCUACUUCCCCUGCUUCUCCUACAGUGUCACCAAGAACAACAACUAUUACUUCUUUCUAAGGAUGGAUGAGAACUACAAUAUUAUCCCUCAUGGAGUGAAUUUCCAGGACCCCAUCUUCCCUGACACCGUGGAGAACCACCGCAUAUUUGCCAGCCUUUUCCAGUUUGCCAACUGCACGUCUGGUACCCAGGUCCACAGCUACACCCCGGAGUGGGAGGCUCAGGAGGACAGCCGGUUGUUGUGCUCCGCCGUGCAGAAGGCUCUGUUUGAGGAGGAGGAGAGGGUCUGGACUCUUUCCCAGAAGGUGCGCUCUUUGGAGAAAGCCAACGACCACCUGAGGGAAAAGGUGAAGACCAUGAAACGUCUGCUACGUCAGGCCCAAAGAGCGACAACGAAGGAGCAGCAGACCCUCAGCCUCAAACAGCUCCACGAGUCAAAGAUGCCCCAAACCCACCCCGAUCAGGACACUACCCUGGACCAGAGGAACCAGCCACUGAAAAAGGUCCUCUCCAGGACACUUAAAAACUAAACUAAAAAUCACCGUGCUAGUCAAUUUCAAGUAACACAAUUUAAUUACAUUUUCCACGUCUUCAACCCAAUUACUAUACUUAUUUCAGGACACAUAGGGCUUUCACUUGACCGAGUUUGUGUCCCUAGAUUAACUAAAGUGAAGGAUUAUUAGAGAUAAAGGAUUUAAAUGGUUUCACCGGGGUAAGAGAUCUUCAUCUAAAUCUCCUCAACUCUUAUUUCACCCCAUUAUGACAAUUUUUCUGAAUAACUUUUACCUUUGUCUUUUGUUAGCUUAAUUCAGUGGCAGAUGCCCUGUUGAAUAAUAUGUGGAAAAUGUUAAAGCAUUGUUUCUUUCUGUGCUGGACACAUUAUGAAUUGCAUGAAUAUAAGAAUUAGUUUGUUACUUCAGAAAUACAAUCAUCAAAUUAUCCAAAUCAACCUGCAUCUUUUGUGGGUCCACUCUUGGACAUGAAGGGAUAUGAACAUGUCUUUGUCAUUAUGCUCUGACUGUGUAAAUACACAUUUAAUUAGCUGUGCCAAAGUUUCCAAAUAUGCAGAACCGAACAUUAUGUGACAUCAUUCUUUUUCUACCUUUGCCUGCUUUUCAUUUACUUGUAUCUAUUUAUACGCAAAAAACAAUACAAUUCUUUAAAAUCAGUGAAUUGUUUCCCAAGAGUGCCUUUUUCCCCGAAGUCUUCCUUUAUGUAAAUCUGUUCAAACACAUUGUACUGAAUGAAAGUGUAAUUUUUGUAUUUGAAAUCAGAGUGCUGAGCACUCAUUAAGUCCAGCCAGUAAGCCUGGCAUGGUACAGGAUUGGCUUUUUCUGUGUCAGAAAUUAAAGUUUGGCAUUUGUUAUAUUUUAUGUAUUUGCUUUUACUAUACUUUUUGCUUUCCAUAAACUACAUAUGGUUUGCUUUGCCAAUGGCAUAAUCAUUUGUAUAACAGCUACUGUAUUUUUUAGUAUAAAUAAAUGAACUUUUACCAAUCAUCUCAUGUGGUUGUUUAUAGUCAUCACAGGUGAUGUUGUCUUCAUAAUAUGCAUCUGUACUGUAUGUUACUUUUGAACAUAUUCACUUUCUGGAUAUAACAUGUUAUACAUCCACAUAUAAGAACCUCCUCCAGUCAUUAUAACAUCUAAUUCAAUUAAGCUCUCAACUUAUAAAUAACACAAUAAAAACAAAUAUUGUGUAAAGUUGUAGAAGUAACUUCCUGUGCAGAACCGGGAUCCCUGGGAAAAGUGAUGAAACUCUUGUAGUUGCUGCCUAGAAAUGCUGAUAAUAGUCUGGGUGUAUUAAAGACUUCUGUUUUUAUGCUUGUAUCUGUUGCCUCUUUGAUCUUCCCAGGCCUGUCCGAUCAGCUACAGUUUCACAUAACAAUUUGGACCAGUUUCUUGGUUGAGGUGCAAACAGCAAUGUAACAUUAUUUUCUCUUUUCAUCCAAAACAUUUUUUCCAUAUAAAUAUGUCUAGCC